AUGCCUCCUCGCAAAAAACCCGUGCAGCCGCUUGCCGGCUGUAAGAUUGCUCUGUGCGGCACGUUCCCCAAGGUGAACCAAGCUGUGCUCAAAAAACACAUUGAAGGGCUCGGCGCCACUCCCCUCGACUCUGUCACGCCGGAUGCCACGCAGCUCAUUGCAUCGCCCACCAACUUCAACAAGCCCACGGCCAAGGUCACGGCCGCCAAGAAGCUCGAUAUUCCCAUUGUCGGCGUGCAAUGGCUCCUCGACUGUGUGUCGUCGAAUGCCAUGAAAGACGAGAUGCCGUAUCUAUUGGCAGCUCCGCCGGUAGCGGCGCCACCGUCUCCUCCUGCUCCGGCUGCCAAGGGCAAAAAGAGAGCCGCUCCGGCCGCAGCUGCGGCCAACGGCACCAAUGGCACCAAUGGCGCGAACGCAGCAGCGGCUGCUCCACCAGACGCGAAGCGCCAGAAGACAGACACAAAGCAAGACACAAAAAAGGACGUGAAAGCGGACACCAAGGCGGCACCUGUUCUAUCUGUGCCCGUCGACGAGUUCUGCUCCAUGCCCAAUGUGGCCGUCCACAUUGACGACGACCGUCUUGUGUGGGACGCCUCUCUCAACCAGACCAACUCGGGCAACAACAACAACAAGUUCUACCGCAUCCAGCUCCUGCGCACCACGGCGGGCAAGUUCUACACGUGGACGCGCUGGGGCCGCGUCGGCGAGUCCGGCCAGUCGGCCAUGCUGGGCGGCGGCAGCAUGGACGACGCCCUGAAGAACUUCAAUAAGAAGUUCCGCGACAAGUCGGGCCUUGCCUGGGAGCGGCGCAGCGACGACCCGCGGCCUGGCAAGUAUGCGUACGUGGAACGCAACUACGAGCCGGACAGCGAUGACGAGUCGGGCGACGAACCGGACGAUGGCGGGGUGAAAGGGGAAGAGGAUGAGGAGGUGAAGAUUGCCGACUGCACGUUGGCGCGGCCUGUCGAACGCCUCAUGGAGCUCAUUUUCAACCGCCAGUUCUUUGCUGCCACCAUGUCCGAUCUCAACUACGACGCCAACAAGCUGCCGCUCGGCAAGCUGAGCAAGACCACCAUCACACGUGGUUUCCAGGCGUUGAAGAAUUUGUCGGCGUUGCUGGACGACCAAUCGCUGGCCGCGACCGAAUACCACAUGACGUACCCGAACGCCGUCGAGAGCUUGUCCAACUUGUACUACAGCGUCAUUCCCCACGACUUUGGCAGGCACCGGCCGCCCGUGGUUGCGGACAACACGCGUCUCAAGAAGGAGAUUGAGCUGCUCGAGAGUCUGAGCGACAUGAAGGACGCCGAGCUGCUCAUGAAGGUCGACAAGGCCCGGUCGUCCGAGGACCGCUCCAUCCACCCGACCGACAAGCAGUACAACAACCUCGGCAUGGAGGAGGUCACGCCGCUCGACCGCAACAGCAGCGAGUUUGUUGAGCUGGCCAACUACCUCAACUCCACCACGGGCCAGACGCACAAUGUCCUGUACGAGAUCGAGGACAUCUUCCGCAUCGAGCGCAAGGGCGAGAAGGCCCGCUUCGAGGCCUGCCACGUUUCGUCGCCGGCCGCCAAAGACGCCGACACGCGUCUGCUGUGGCACGGCUCGCGCGUCACCAACUUUGGUGGUAUCCUGGGCCAGGGCCUGCGCAUUGCGCCGCCCGAGGCGCCCGUGUCUGGCUACAUGUUCGGCAAGGGCAUCUAUUUGGCGGACAUGUCGUCCAAGUCGGCCGGCUACUGCGCAUCGUUCAUCUCGAAAGGCACGGGCCUGCUUCUCCUGUGCGAGGCCAAGCUGGGCGACCCGCUCCAAAAGCUGACGCAGGCGUCGUACACGGCGGGCGAGGACGCCAAGGCCAGCGGUCUCUUUGCGACGCUGGGCCAAGGCCGCACGGCGCCGCCGGCGUGGAAGGACGCGAGUGCCGUGCACAAGGACCUGGCGGGUGUGCAGAUGCCCGACGUCAGCUCGCCGCCGACCGACACGAAUGUGCCAAACGCAGGCCUGUACUACAACGAGUACAUCGUCUACGAUGUAAACCAGAUCCGCCUGCGCUACCUCUUCCGCGUCAAGAUGGGCGGGUAUUAG